UUGUGCAGGAAUGAAGCGCUAGCUACCUACAUGUUUAUUACAACUCAGAUAAAUUAUCAUAUUUAUACAUGUAGGCAGUGUGUUUAUGUGAAAUAUAAUAAACUAGAAUUAGUAUUUUGUUUCUGAAAAAUAAACUCCGUGCAUGAGUUUGUAAGCUAAUUAUUUUUUUUAGUUUGCUAGCAAAGCUAGGCUAGCUAAAAAAAAAUCCGCACACACUUGUUUGUUUUCCCUCAUUUUUUAAAAGUUUAAUUCUGUAAAAAUGAUUGAUGAGGAACCGGAGAGAGCAAAGCGCUGGGAAGGAGGUUAUGAAAGAACAUGGGAGGUGCUGAAGGAGGAUGAGUCCGGGUCCCUGAAAGCCACCGUAGAGGACAUUCUCUUCGAGUCCAAACGGAAGAGAGUGUUUGAGACUCAUGGGCAGGUUCGGCUGGGAAUGAUGCGCCACCUGUACCUGGUGAUCGACUCGUCUCGGACGAUGGAGGACCAGGACCUGAAGCCUAACAGACUCACGUCCUCUCUGAAGCUCAUGGAGUAUUUUGUUGAAGAAUAUUUUGACCAGAACCCCAUCAGUCAGAUUGGAAUCAUCACCACCAAGAACAAACGAGCUGAGAAACUCACCGACCUCGCAGGAAACCCGAAGAAGCACAUAGCGGCGUUGAAGAAAGCCGUGGACUCGGGGUGUGUGGGCGAGCCGUCUCUUUACAACGCUAUCAGCAUCGCCAUGCAGACGCUCAAACACAUGCCAGGACACACCAGCCGAGAGAUUCUAGUCAUCUUCAGUAGUCUGACCACCUGCGAUCCAUCCAACAUCUACGACCUCAUCAAGACGCUGAAAUCGCUUAGAAUCCGAGUGUCUGUGAUCGGACUGUCUGCUGAGGUCCGGGUGUGUACCGUUCUCACCAGAGAAACAGGAGGAAGCUACAACGUGAUCCUGGACGAGAGCCACUUUAAGGAGCUGCUGACGUUCCACGUGAAGCCUCCUCCUGCCAGCUCCUCCUCCGAGUGCUCACUCAUCCGCAUGGGUUUCCCUCAGCACGUCAUCGCUUCUGCGUCUGAUCAGGACGCCAAGCCUUCCUUCAGCAUGUCGCACUUGGAGAGCUCAGACGGAGGGCCAGGACUCAGUCUCGGUGGUUAUUACUGUCCCCAGUGCAGAGCCAAAUACAGUGAGCUGCCUGUGGAGUGUAAAGUGUGUGGUCUGACGCUGGUCUCUGCCCCUCACCUGGCUCGCUCCUUCCACCAUCUCUUCCCCCUGGAAGCGUUUCAGGAGUGUCCUCUAGAGGAGCACACAGGAGACAGGUUCUGUCAAGCCUGUCAAGGAGAGCUGAAGGACAAAAGUGUGUUCGUGUGUCCAGUGUGUGCGAGUGUGUUCUGUGUGGAGUGUGACGUGUUUAUUCAUGACACGCUCCACUGUUGUCCGUGCUGUAUACAGAAACAGGGGGCUUCCUGAGGACGGAGUUUAAAUAACACACACGCGCACACAUCCCACAUUCCUCAGCUACGCUUCUGCUUUUUACUGGAACCUUCUGGAUUCACUGGAAGAUUACAGCUUUCGGCGAAGAAGCUGAUUCACAAUUGUGUGUGCGCGCCUGAUUUUCGUGCACCUAAAAUGGGUGUGAAAUGUGUGUCAACUAAAUUAUACAUCAUAGAUCAAGGUCAGGUGACUCCACUGCUUCCAGCCGUAUUAUCACACACACCUACCUCAUAAAGAUCCUGAUUAGAUGGGUAAUAAACAGCUAUUAGGAACAGGGUGUAUGGUGUUAUUGUACUGUCUGUCUGCUGGCUGUAAGAGCCUGGAGACGCCCAGCGUUCCCAAACGUGAGCAGCGGGGCUCCCAGGAAGCCACUGGAGCAAAAUUCGCUGUGCUUUCUAAGUGGGAGGGGCAAACUUUUUGUUCUCUCGUCAGUCACAGCGAUACUAGCCAAUCGUGGGUGUCGGUGAGGUUCGGUAUGCGGAAGAGGGUUGAUGGUGCUUUCACCCUACCAGGUGGGUGGGAAUUGACAGCACUGAUUUAAAGAAAAUGGUAUUGAAUUCUGAAUACAAAACAAUUUGGAAAUAGUUUUACCACACUGAAGUUGAUUAUUUUCUCAUUACAGCAUGUUCCUAAGUGUCCUACUGUUCUUGCACAACAAUUUGUUAACUAUUUUUGUUUAUUAAAUAAUGACUCAUUUUUUUUUAUCCUUUUAAUGUUGUGGCUUGUAUUCGUGUGUGUGUGUGUGUGUGUGUGUGUGUGUUAGAGUAAGACAGUAUGGAUUCAGAGGAAAAAAAAACAACCCAUACACCUGUCCAUCAUUCCUGGUGUACUGUACACUCCUGCAUAUUAUAAAUCCUGGAGUUAUCUAGACUGCUCAUUUUAAUAGAAGGUAAAAUACGGUAUUGUUUUUCAAGACGCAGUACGCGCACUCUGUGACGGAAUGAGACUAAAAUCCCAAAUUAAUAAUUACAUUACCUCACAUCCACAUGUAAAACUAAUGUGGUCGGAAUAGGGCUCUGGAAGGACAUUUUCCAGAAAAGCUUUGUGUCAGUAUUUAUUAUGGUGAGAGAGAAAAAGAGUGAGUAAUUAAAAUCACUGGGUU